AUGAAGUAUUUGUGUUUUGUAGUGUUUUUAGCGAUAGUGAUCGCACAAAACUAUAGCGAUCUAGGAGUGGAAGCUGCGUCGAGUGGUGGGUUCGUGAGUAGGAAAGGCGUCCAAUUUAUUCUCAAUGGGAAACCAUUUUACGCCAAUGGUUUCAAUGCCUACUGGCUCACGUACGAAGCCACCGAUCCGACCGCAAGAUAUAAGAUCACUCAUGGGUUUGAAAACGCGACUAGUCGCGGUUUGACCAUCGCCCGCACCUGGGGGUUCAACGACGGUGCCUCAUACCGCGCUCUUCAAACGGCACCCGGUUCCUACGAUGAAAAUACGUUUCAGGGUUUGGAUUUUGUGAUAUCCGAAGCGAAAAGAGUCGGUCUAAAAAUGAUAAUCCCUCUUGUGAAUAACUGGUCUGACUACGGAGGGAAGAAACAAUACGUUGAUUGGGCUAAAAGCAAAGGCGAAAAGGUAUCUUCCGAUGACGACUUCUACACAAACUCACUUACCAAACAGUUCUACAAGAACCACGUCAAGACUAUAGUGAACAGAGUGAAUACAUUUACUAAAGUUGCAUACAAAGAUGAACCAGCCAUUAUGGGUUGGGAGCUUAUGAACGAGCCUCGAUGCAAUUCAGAUCGAAGUGGAAAAACCCUUAUGGCUUGGAUUAAUGAAAUGGCUCCUUAUGUAAAAUCAGUUGAUCCAAAUCAUCUCCUCUCUACUGGUCAUGAAGGUUUCUAUGGUGACUCGUCUCCUCAAAGAAAGACUUCUCUAAAUCCGCCUUCAGCCAAUGUAGUUGGAGCUGAUUUCAUAGCUAACCACAAUAUCGAUGCCAUUGAUUUCGCGUCGAUUCAUUGUGCCCCUGACUUAUGGUUUCAAAAAUUGGAUCAGAAUACUCGAUUAAACUUCUUAAAGAAAUGGCUCGAAGGCCACAUCGAAGAUGCACAGAACAUUCUUAAAAAACCUCUAAUUGUAGGAGAAUUCGGGGUAGGAACGGACGUACCAGGCUACACUCUAGCUAAGAGAGACGCCAUCUUCACCGCAACCUACGAGAUCAUUUACGCGUCUGCGCAAAAAGGUGGUUCAGGCGGAGGAGCAUUGUUUUGGGACCUUAUUACCGACGGUAUGAGCAACUAUAAAGAUCCCUCCGCCAUUUUACUUAGUGAAGGUUCGUCGACGGUUAAUAUUAUAAGUGAGGCGACACGAAAGUUGGGUUCGAUUAAUACGAAAGUAAAGUUCAGUCGCAAAAUCAAAAACUAA